AUGGCGGGGCUUUUAAAAUCCUUCUGGAGCUUGCUGAUUGAUGUGGUGUUGUUCUGGCAAAUUAGCUUUUUAAGGUGGAUGACUCGUAAGAAGCCGGUGGAGGUCUGGUUCUCAAUCCUCAGAGAUGCGACCUCUUACCAGGAAUGGGAAGAAGCGGCGUUCCAGCUGGAUGUGUUACUGGGCAAUGACUUAUGGCGCCAAAAUCCUACUUCGAAAUACUAUGACUAUCGCCUCAUCCACGAACGUCUGCAAUCGAUUAUUGUUGCGCGGGAGGAGGGCGACAUUCUUCAGCUUGUGAAUCUGCUAAGAUCCGGCCUCGUUCGCAACCUGGGCAAUAUAUCUACUCCCCGACUUUUCAAUCGGGCAUUCGCUGGGACCAAACUAUUGAUCGAGGACUACAUAACCCAGGUCGCGCAAGCUAUUGCCGAUGUUACAAAACUUCCGACUUCUCCAGGAGCUGAUGGGAUUGGGGUGGUACCAGGCUUCAGCAGUCAAGCUAAGCUCGAUCUAUUACACGAUACCAGGCAGGCAUUUGGGCGAAGCACAUUGGUUCUUCAGGGAGGAGCCAUAUUUGGAUUAUGCCACUUGGGAGUUGUGAAAGCGCUCUUUGCUCGAGGGCUGCUGCCCAGAAUCAUCACUGGGACCGCUACCGGGGCUUUGAUUGCUGCCUUGGUAGGCGUACAUACAGAAGAUGAAUUACCGAGGUUUCUCAACGGGGACAGUAUCGACCUUUCUGCAUUUGCUGGUAAGGGAUCCGGUGGUGAAAAUGGACACGAAGAGAAUGGCUGGUGGGGUACCUUAACAAGAAGGAUCCGGAGAUUUAUGCGAGAGGGUUACUUUUUGGACGUGAAAAUUUUGGAGGAGUGUGUCCGGGCCAAUGUUGGAGACCUUACUUUCGAAGAGGCUUACAAUCGGACGAAACGAGUUCUCAAUAUCACGGUCGCUACAACUGGAAGAGGGGGCGUGCCAAACCUCCUCAAUUACCUGACGGCUCCUAACGUUUUGAUUUGGUCGGCCGCCAUUGCAUCUAAUGCGUCCUCUCCAUCUAUGUAUGGCCGAUCAAUCACUCUCAAGUGUAAAGACGCUUCCGGGGCUAUUAUUCCCUGGUCAGCUGCCACAGAUAUAACCUUCCAACCGUGGACCCAUGCAUCCUACACGGAUCGAGACUCGCCUCUUUCCCGGAUCGCUGAGCUGUUUAACGUCAACCACUUCAUAGUUAGUCAAGCCAGGCCAUAUCUGGUGCCAUUCCUCCAAAGCGAUAUGCAUGGACCAUCACCACUUCAUACACGUGCUGGACGAACAUCAUUGACGGGUGGUCUCCUCCGAUUGAUCACCAUGGAAAUCCAUCAUCGCCUGCAGCAGCUCGAUAGUCUUGGCCUUCUACCUUUGUCGAUUAGGCGUUUUCUAGUCGAUGAACACAUUCCUGCAGCAUCUGUAACCCUUGUUCCCGAGCUAUCUGCGUCUGACUUCGUACGCUUGCUCGAGACACCCACUCAGGCGAGUCUGGACCAUUGGAUCCUCCGAGGAGAAAGGAGCGUCUGGCCAGCUGUUGGGGCUUUGAAAGUUAGAUGCGCAAUCGAGACUGAGCUAGACAGAGGAUAUCAAGUCGUCAGGAGAAAGAAAGCCGGCGGUUUGCGUCGACGAGGUAGCGCUGUCGACAAUGCGAACGAGAAGGAAAGGGCACGAGAGAGAGACCGCGCAAACAGCACAGCUGCGAAAUGGUAG